AUGCCAAAAAAUGCUGCAAAGCUACCUUCAACUGAGAAUAAAGCUGAGACUGCUGAAGAUGAAAAGCAACAAGCUGAGAAGCCAAACAGUGCUUGUGCUAAGCCACUCCACUGCGAUAUUCUUGAACUAAGGUCUACAAAGUUAUCUUUUACACUUUGGGCACUUUUGCCAAAACCAAAGAAUGCGAGUGUUAAGACAUUGUCACCUAAGUUUACAAAGCUACUUUCUACAGUUUUGGCACUUUUGCCAACGCCAAAGAGUGCUGCAAAGCUACCUUCAGCUGAGACUGCUGAAGAUGAGAAUGCGGAAGCUGAACACCAAAGAAUGCUGGUGUUAAGACAUUGCCAUAUAAGUCUACAAAGCUACAUUUUACACUUUUGGCACUUUUGCCAACGCCAAAAGAGUGUUACAAAGCUACCUUCAGCUGAGAAUGAAGCAGAGACUACUGAAGAUGAGAAUGUGGAAGCUGAAAAGCAACAAGCUGAGAAGCCAAAGAGUGCUUAUGCUAAUCCACCUCACUGCGAUACUCUUGAACCGAAGUCUGCAAAGGUAUCUUAUACACUUCGAACAAUUUUGCCAAAGCCAAAGCAUGCUGGUGUUAAUACAUUGUCACCUAAGUCUGAGUCUUGUGACUUGUGA